CUCGACAAUCGAUCACUCAACGUCAGAGUCCGGGAGAAUUGCUAACUCCGGCAUCGGUACAAUAAUCCCGGAUUACAACAAUAAUAAUGCAAAGUACGCCGAUAUAUUUGAAAAUGAUAGUAACGUUGUCAGUGCGAUAAAGUGCGGUUUUAUUACAGUUUUGUGCUCUAGUUUGAUGAACGAGCUUUGGGUACUUAGAUAUGGUAUGACUAUCUACUUCGGGAUCUCUGAAACUACUAUAAUUGCAGAUAUUUUUCUCAAAUGUAGCCAAAAAAAAAUUCUGUAUAAUUUUUAAUUCAAUGACAGUAUGAUUAUGAGAAAUUAACUAUACAAAAGAAUCUAUGAAAGUAUUCAACAACACUUGAAAACAAAGCUUAGUGGUAACGUUCGUUAGUGAAAGAAGCACUAGAAAUGUUGAACUACGUGUUACAUAAAAACUUUACUCAAAAAGGUGACUCUGCCGUGAAUUAUGCAUCAUGCCAGCAGAAUGUUCCAAUGGCCUGUAUCCAGUCGCACAUCACCAGCACAGAACAACUUCCAGCUGCUGUGAGCGCCGCAGGUUCAGCGCGGACUUCAGCUUCGUGCAGCUUAGCGUCUUCAAGAGAGUCCUCCACUUCCGCCCCUCCACCAUCACCAUAUAAAGUCCUCAUGUUGGGAGGUCCAGCCGUGGGCAAAUCAAGCUUGGUCCUACAAUUUAUGACUUCGGAGUACCUACAUGCUUACGAUACAAGUAUAGAUGACGACAGCGGGGAAAAAUCAGUUUCCGUCCUUUUAGCUGGAGAAGAGUCAGAGCUAUGCUUCAUAGAUUUCGCUUCGUCAGAUUUAUCGCCUGAUAGCUGUAUAAGGAAAUACACCGACCCGCAUGCCUACUGCGUCGUAUACAGCAGUGCCGAUAGGUCGAGCUUGGAGAUAGCUGAGAACAUAUUGCAGAAUCUUUGGACGCUGGAUACAAUCAGCACAAGAGCAGUAAUUUUGGUUGCGAACAAAGCUGACCUGGUGAGGUCAAGAGUAGUAACGACAGAGGAUUUCAAAUUGUUGAGAUCAUGGAUUGACAAGAAAACUAGAGACUGUCAGUACCGAAGUUGCUGAGAUCACGCACUGAGAAAAAAGCUACAGACUAUUAGGUCACAAAUUGCUGAGAUCAGGCAAUGAUAAAAGGGUUCCAGACUGCCUGGACUCAAAUUUCUGAGAUGGCGAGGUGAUACAAUAGCUACAGGCUAACAUACCCGAAUUGCUGAAAUCACGCAGUGAUAAACUACAGACUGUCAGGACCUAAUCUAAU